UGGAAGUGAAAUGGGCAUCAGUAGCAAAGUGAGAGUGACUGCAGUCAGAAUGUUUGCCACGCCCCUCAGACAGCCCAGUGCCAUGAGCCAGAGCCAGAAGAAGUCAGAUGGCAUGGAUGGCCAUGACAAGCCCUUUCAGUAUGAGAUCACUGAUCAUGGGUAUGGCAAGGAUGCGGUUAAGGUUCUGCAUGUCAGUCGCAAAGGUCCUGUGCACAGCAUUCAGGAAUUCGAAGUGGGCACUCACCUGAAGCUGUACAGCAAAAAAGAUUAUUACCAGGGCAACAAUUCGGACAUUGUGGCCACGGAUUCGCAAAAGAACACCGUGUAUCUGUUGGCCAAAAAGCAUGGCAUUGAGAGUCCCGAGAAGUUUGCUCUGCUCCUGGCCAGGCACUUCAUCAACAAGUACUCCCAUGUGGAGGAGGCACACGUCCAUGUGGAGGCUUAUCCCUGGCAACGAGUCUGUCAGGAUGAGACCAAAACCAUUCUCAAUGGCAAUUGCGAGAAGGGAGACAAGGGAAGCUGCGACUUCAGUUCGAUCGACAACCGAUCACUGCACAAUCACGCUUUUAUUUUCACGCCCACCGCCCAGCAUUACUGUGAUGUGGUCUUGAGGAGGAAAGAUCCCAAACAAACGGUCAUCACCGGAAUCAAGGGUCUACGAGUACUGAAGACAACCCAAUCCUCAUUUGUUAACUUCGUGAACGAUGAGUUCAGAUCUCUGCCUGAUCAAUAUGAUCGGAUCUUUAGCACUGUGAUCGACUGCUCCUGGGAGUAUUCUGAUACGGAUAGUUUGGACUUCUUGAAAGCCUGGCAGACGGUGAAAAAUAUUAUCAUCCGGAACUUUGCCGGAGAUCCGCAGGUGGGCGUGUCGUCGCCCUCCGUCCAGCACACUUUGUAUCUAAGUGAAAGACAGGUCCUGGAUGUCUUGCCGCAAGUGUCGGUCAUUUCGAUGACCAUGCCCAAUAAGCACUACUUCAACUUUGACACCAAGCCGUUCCAGCAAAUUACUCCUGGCGAUAAUAACGAAGUUUUCAUCCCAGUGGACAAGCCACAUGGCACAAUCUACGCCCAGUUGGCCCGGAAGAAUAUGAACAGUCAUCUCUAGACUGAUCUUUAAAUUAGUUUGUCUAACUUUAUAUAAAUUUAGCCAUUUUCAAUUGUUUUAGACAAAAUUAAAAAAUUGUUAUAUUA